GUUGUAAGGUCAUUUGUACAUCAAGUAGUAAACAUUCAAAUAUUAAUCGUUCUUACUCUAAUAGAAGAUUACUAUUCAUAUAGAUAUGGAAAUUUCAAUACUGUUUAUACAGUUAAUGGUGAAGACGUUUUAAUUGAAAAACCAGGGUUGAAUUGGUCCGUAAAUACAGCUAGUUGCUGAAUGUACAAACUUCUGAAUGCAUUGCGAUAUCCAGACAUGAUUUUAAAGAUAAAGUAAACAUACUGUCCUUACAAAGUUCAAAACUUUCACUCAGAACAAAUAGAUUUGAUCUAAGAGGUCUAUCACUUUUGAUAAUCUUUUAAAGACUUCAGGACGUAUUUUAUAGUUUGAUUACGAUUAUGUGGCUUUAAUUUUUCUUCAGUAACAUUUGCUACUCUAACUGUUGUGAUGUUUUGGAUAUAAGAUGAAAGAUUCUUGAAUUAUUUAUUUUCUUUUCUGCAUUUAUCAUUAACAAUACAAUAAAAAAUAAAAUGAAGAACUUGAUGUACAUGUAGUUAUAUCUAUUAACUUUGUUGUAUAAAGAGUGUUUAAGAUUUAUUUGUAUAUUUUUUAAAUGAAAAAUCAUUAAAUGCCUCUCAAACUACAAACUUUCAAUUGUAAAUUAUCAAGUGAUGUCACGAAAGGACAGAACUUCGGCUUUACGUGAAUAGAGAAGGAUUAAGGGCACUCUAGAUCUUUGAGUGGGGGCAUAAAACGUCUUGAAAUUUCAUAAUUGUUUGAUUUGCAAAUUUAUCGUGAAAGUAUUUUAUGCAAUAAAUUUAAAAGUGUAUUUGACAAAUUUAUUUCAGAAAAGUGAAAAAGUGGGAUAAAAAGGAUCAAUAUGUAAUAAAUGAGUUAAUUGGUGGUGUAUUGUAACAUUUACUAUUUAAUCAUGUCUUUUAACAUAACGUAUGGCUAUCUCCAGGAUAAAAACAUUAAUCACUUAUACACGACUCGCGAGAAAACCAUGCACAAAAACACGCCUAGACAAAAGUUAUAUAGACCAGAGCUACUGGCAUUAGAAAUUGAGGCAAGCGAUCGUUUUAAAAAACGUAGGGAAAGGAAAAGAAACCCUAAUAUGGAGUUUGUGCCAGAAUUUGAUAUCGACGUACCACGGGCUCCUGCAUUCAGGGUAGCUGACAAAAGUUAUGUAGACGAGGUGGUCGCUAGAUUAACUCAGACACCUGGGUCAAAAUCCAAUCCUCGAGGAUGUGGUCAUUACCGACGAGUUUUCACUGAGUAUGAACAAGGUCUGCAAGACAUCGAAUCACCACGUGACCCAGUAUCCCGGAAAACCAUGCGUAAGAUUCUGAAGAGGUUAACGAAACCUGCAGGAGCCUGUGGCAGACGACAUCCUUCUCCUGACAUACAAGAAGAGGACUAUUACCCAAAUUUUGUGGUUUAAAUAAAGAAUGUCAUGACCAUUUGAUAUAGCUGAAAUUUUAAUGACGUAUAAACUGGUCAUACUGCUCUUAAAUGAAAUUAUAAACUAUACAUACAAUAUAUAAUAAUUUAUAAAUACUUUGAGAGAAAAUCUGAACAAAGAUUUGUUUGACAUAUCUAUGACAUUCAUAAAAGAUGUAUUUUCUGCUAGUUAAAAUAUAUACUGAUUUAAGAUAAUCCGUUAUUGUAUUAUAAAUAGGUCUUCUUAAAAAAACCCGCCACACCGGAUAAUUUAUUUUACAAGUACAAAUUCCACAUGCACAUGUUUCGAGGGACACUUUUAGCUGAUCGAGUUCCAUACUUAAUAUCUAUCAUUGAAAUCGCCUUAAAUAUUGCACAUAUUCAUGUAGCAGAAACUUUAUGUUUUAAAAUUAAUAGAUAUGGUCAUAUGGAUCGACGAAAUGUGUUACUUGUAAAUAAAUAUUUAUUUUGUGAAAUAUAUCCAGAAUACAUGAUGGUAAUUCCUAAAUAA